AUGGCUGAAGCUGAAAUGGCCUUACGCAAGGAGCUGUUGCUCUUCGCUCAGACAACCCUACGCGAGGAACUGAAGUCCUUCAAGGAGAGCCUUUUGAAAGAGCUGCGAGGGGAGCAGGAGGAGGUGAAAACGCCCACGAAGAAGCGCUUCUUGCAUGAGGCGGUGCACGGCAUGCCAGAGGCCAGCUCCGCGCGACGCGGACGCAUCUUGGGGCUGGGCAGCAGCAACGAGCGCUCGGCGUCCUCGUUAAACAUCGAAGAACAAUCAGAGGAUGUGUCGACGAGAAGGCCGCCAACGACCAUGGCACAGCAUGUGGCCGAGACCUUGCUGGGCGACGCCUCCAGCGAGGCGAAGAAGGCUUUGGAGCGUGACCUCACGGCCACUUACAUGCGCACUAAGAAGAAGGGAAACAAACGAGCCAGUGGCCGCUACAUGCCCAUCGAUACCUCGGACCUAGAGAACCAGGCGAACCCGAGCCACUGUUCCUUGCUGGUCUCGUGCUGCACGUCCAUCUUGAACAGCCACUACUUUGACAUUCUGAGCGCUUGGCUGGUGGUCUUCAACGCGGUGUGGAUUGGCCUGAGCACAGAUUGGGUGGCUCGCCAUUGGAGCAGCCACAUGCCAGACUGGUUUCACUAUGGCGAUUGGAUCUUCUGCGUCUUGGCGCUGAUGGAGCUCUUCAUCCGCAUGGUCGCACAGGGACUGUACUUUUUCUACGAGGCUCACUGGAAGUGGAAUCUCUUUGACACCGUCGUGGUGGCGACACAGGUGGCAGACUUGUUAGGCAGCGUUUUGGAACGCUCGGCGAUCAGUGGGGAGACCAGCCACAGGACCAUUCAAGGCCUUCGCGUCCUGAAGCUGGUACGGAUCUUGCGGAUCGCGCGCAUCGCCUCAGUGUUCCCAGAGCUUCACAUCCUCAUCAGCUCAAUCAUGGACUCUUUGCAAUCCCUUUUUUGGACGAUGGUUCUCAUCUUCGCUUGCCUCUACGCGGUGGCGGUAGUGCUCACUCAGUUGGUCUCGGACCACAAGAUAGCCAUUGGAAGAGAAGGCAUGGAAGCUGAACAUGAAGAGCCUUUGUUGGAGUUCUUCGGAUCAUUGGACACGACGAUGAUCUCUCUCUACAUGGUGAUUUCAGAGGGCAUUCACUGGCGAGAAUUGAUGGACCCCUUGGUGGAGAACAUGGGCGGCUGGGUUCGCAUCGUCUUCGUGACUUUCACAGGAUUCGAGCUCUUUGCCAUGAUGAAUAUCAUCACCGCCUGUUUCGUGGAUAGUGCCAUGAAGAUCGCCGCGAAUGCCGAGAAGCAGGAAUGCCUGGAAUCCUUGUGGGGCCUCUUAGAUGCUGAUGCCAACUACGAUGCUCGAACACAAAAGAAGAUCGUCACCAAGGAGCAGUUCAUUGGAAGCUACGGGGAGCCUAGUAUGACAAAGUUUUUGGAUCUCAUCAAUGCCCACACAGAGGACCCAAAGCAGGUCUUUGCCAUGAUUGAUCGUGAUGGUGACGGCGCGCUGACGGCGCCGGAGUUCCUGAUUUGUUGCGAGCGCCUGAUGGGGCCGUCCAAGGAACAGAACUGA